GCCGCGUGAGGACGCGGUGUUGUUGAAUCCCCUCCCAAGGGUUUCGUCGGAUAAGUGAUGCUUCGCUGAUGGCGGCCACGAUGCCGUCACCGUCUUCACCGCCUUCCAACGUCGCCGUUCAUCGGGACCGAGCAACGUCCGCUGAAAAGAGGCACGAACUCUCGCGCGGCGGCAAGUCGAUCGCCAUGGAGCUCGCUCCUCGUCGCGCCUGCUCGGACGUAGGCCAUCACCGCCGCAGCUCGACGACUGCUUUCAACGGCGUGCCCAGGAUUAAGAACCGCGUCCGCACCGCCGAUCUGGAGCAGCUACGCUUCAUUCUCGAGUGCUUCUUCCUCUCGUUCGGGCCCGAAUGUCCGCAGCUGGGCCGCAACCACCCGAACUCCGAUCCCGAGCGCUACGCGUCGGGCCGCCAGCAACAGCCACAGACUGCCCAGCCGCACUACCGACGGCGUAGCAGCGUCGACACCGCUAGCGCGUCCUCGGCGUCGACUUGCUCUACUAUUCGCUCUUCGUCGUCGUCAUCGUCGUCUUCAUCGUCGAAUAGCACCGGGGAUCAUUCACCUACGGAUUGCGACCACGACGCUCUACUCCGCGAGGUGCUGCGCCUCUUCGAGGCAGGCCUGGACGGCAACGGAGGUCCCGUACUGCUGCGUCACGAGCACAUCGCCGAGCUGGCCUCCAUGUCCUCAAUGCCCGGAGGUGAGGAACCCGAACCUCACUUCACCGUUGGACCAUGGGGCAUCGCCGAGUGCGGCAUCUGCCUAGAGACUGUACCCUUGUACAGGCGACCCUGCUGUAAUUUCCCCGCUUGCACGCCGUGCCUGAAACGCUACUACGCGUCCCGGGUGCGACAGAACAACAUCCAGAUCGAGUGCUGCAACGUUCGUUGUCACCAGUUCGUCUCGCGGGACGAGAUCAGCGCUCGACUUCCCGCCGACUCAAAGGACCACUUCCACCGUCUCCUGGUGACGGCCAACGUCUCGACAAAGACGUGCCCCCACUGCAACCACGUCACCCGGCGUCCCAAACCCGACAACCAGCCUCUCAAGUGCGCCGCCUGCGACGGCUCCUGGUGCUACGCUUGCCACGCGCCCUGGCACGAGGGCCUUAGCUGCCGCCAAUUCCGCAAGGGCGACCGCCUUCUCAAGGCUUGGGCCCGUACCACGGCCCACGGCCAGGUGAACGCGCAGCGCUGUCCCAAGUGCAAGAUUUUCAUCCAGCGCAUCACCGGCUGCGACCACAUGCACUGCGCUCGCUGCAAGACCCACUUCUGCUACCGGUGCGGCGAUCGGUUUCGGCAGCUCAAGUUUUUCGGCGACCACUACAGCAAGCUUAGCGUGUUCGGCUGCAAGUUCCGCUACAAGGCUGACAAGCCACUGCAGCGUAAGAUGGUCCGCGGUGCCGUUUUCGGCGGCAAGCUAGUCGCCGCGCCCAUAGUCGGGGUCCUGGCACUGUGCGCAGGUGUCGUCGUGGUCGGUGUGGGUGCGUUCGCGUUUCCCGUCUACGGGGGACUGCGGCUAGUCCAACGCUACCACAACGUCAAGAAGUCGGUCAACCUUGAGAAUGACUCGACGCCGCGCCUGGUAUGUUUCUCGUGAGUCGUUCGUCACCUCUAUGUGUGACCACCCACCCCCUCCUUGUUUUUGUUUUUUGGUUUCUUACGCGAGCCCUGUUACGGACUCGAUGGAUGCUGAUGUUGUAAUGGCUACGCUUAACUGAUGAUCUUACAAUACCGAAAGCACAGAAACAUGGAAACCUGUAUUCGCGCGAGCACCUGCUGGUCUUGGCGGAAGGCGUCUCACUCGAUCGAUCGCAGCACCUCACGCUGAGCUCCGAGGAAGUCUCUCGCGAAACGUCAUAAUUUGUUUCGAUCGUCCCUUUGCUGCGGAGUCCCGCCUUCCGCUUCUCGUGAGCUGUAGGCCGUCGUAAAACUUGUCGGUGUACACAUUACCGACGCAACCUGUUCACGAUGCUUGUUGAGACUGCUGCAUGGUGCCAGUUUUCGGGGCAGGUUUCGUGGAUAAUGAAGAAAAUCCUCCUACGACUUGGGACGAUGUUCGCGUAUUCUCAUGGCGCUUGGAAACCACUACAAGGAGCAGUCAGUUAUGGCCGUGUUAGUAGUUAGUAAGGGUCGUUUCUCUGUUCUUGCAAAUUCAUUGUGUUGUCAUCAGAAGCAUUCCAUCAUGUUUGAUGUGAAAUUCAUACUAUUCGGCAAGCCUGUCUAAUUUUCUCAAAAACAACUGUUCUUUUCUACCGCAAAGUACAGUUUAUUAUUACAUUUUUUAUGUUGUAUGACCAAGUUGCAAAAUAUGCCACACUCUAUCCCUUAGCGGGGGUUUGGAACAAAUGUCUUCCUACCUUGGCAUGCCUUAGAGUAAAAUUGCAGUUCGUUCUGAGUGGUGCUUACAAGGACGUCGUUGUUGGGAUGUUGGCAGCGUGAGUAUUGCUAGAAGUGAUAGUUUUAGUGAGAAGUGCUACUUUCUGCUGCGCAGAAGACGAUUUUUUUUCCAUUAUUCACUUUUCAAAUAUAAUUCUGCGGUGACAUGCUGAGACCUUGAGUCAUGUGUUUCCUACGUCACUCUAGAGAUUUCGUUACUUAACGUAGCGCUAUGGAGAAAUGUUUUUUUUUUCUUGGUCUAUGUUAACUGUUACAGCUUUGUCAGCGGUGUUAGUAUAGACUUUUAAGACACUCUGCUCUCCGUGAGAGACUUGGAUGUUCGUGGUUCGUUAUCAGCUAUCCUGUGUUUGAUCAUUUUCCCGUAUGCGUUGACACCCGGGGGUAGAUGUGUUGUCGUCGAGAUGAUGAUAUAGUUGUUGAUCAGCUAUGGUGUUUUCAAACUUUUUUUUCACUGUAUGUGUGUAUUUGUAUCACUAUACCAGCAAAUGCGAUCAACUUGCACUAGUACCACGUAUCGAAAGUUUGUAUAUCAUUAGACAACUGUAGUGCUUGAACUUUUCAGCAUCUGUGAUUGUAUAUCUUGCACGCCAUGCUCCGUGCGUUGUUUGUGAGAACUAUUGUGCAUUACAUCAACAGAAGAUUAAUUGUAUAACAGUGUGCGCCAGGUCAGCCGUGCUGCAAUGUGAACGUCGUAAAUGAGCAUGGAGGCACACAUUGUUGUACCUCAGCAGACGUUUAAUAAUUCGGUAUAAUCAUGACGAACGAGCAUGUACGAUAUGCGCAGGAGGGAGAGCGACCACCUUGACCUUUGCCGCUAGUCCUCAAACCCACUCACUCCUUACUCAGCCUCAGUUGUUUAAACGUCGGUAAGGCAGUUUCUGCGCUUCGCUACCUUCUGAUCUUGGUGCUAUGGCUAAAGGAUUUACCAACCGUCUCCUCUCCGAUCCGCUUGACACGCUGUUCUGAGAAGUCUCGAUUAACUUCGUAUAAGCCUUUUCAUUGUUUUCCCCCGGACUCUUCACGACCUUUACUGGCCCAGUGUUCCUGGCAGUGCUCGUUUCUUAGACACUUUCAUUUUUUGAACGCAAAGCCGCUAUCACGCUCUCUGAGACUUUUUCUCGCCACCGGUUUUCGAGUGGUGCCUGGAGGAGAUAACUAAGCAUUAGCCGUAAUUAUAGAAAAUGAAAAUGGUUGGUGAAACUAUUAGCCAAGCGUCUCGAACAACUUUUAUGUAAGAAAGCAAGCAGGGGUUCGUGAUCGUGGGCAAUCGUCGUCUGCUUACGUCGUUUAGAGUAUGUUGUGGUUCCAUUCUUUGGUGCGUGUCCUACGGGUCGGUGCUUCUUCGGGUAGCGUGUGUUUCUUCACGCAGCGUGAAGAAAGCGCGCGUUGAAAGCUCUUUCACGUCAAAGUUUCAACCCUAGAAUGCCGCGCCUGAUUGCCCGUCUGAGCACUCCCUCUUUUGACUUUUGCAACCAAUUCGUUCCUUGGCAAACCUCACGGCAAACAAACUUCUCUUUUCAGUUGGCUCAAAGAACUCUGGUGGACCUGUUAGACCCGCGUGGGCACUUGAAUUUGCGAGGAUUACCGCCUGCUGGUGAACCUGGAACCUUAGGAGAGUCAACAUGUUUUGCGGGCAUGAUGAGUCUCGACAUCCACAGUCCCCAUCGUUUGUUGUGUCUGAGCUGCUAAAAGGUUACAAGACCUUGCAAAGCAGAGAGGACGGAGAUGCAGUCGUCUUGCAAAACCCAUGUCUGCAAAUCCUACACCGAUAGUGCAUGGUGCACAGAUUGGAGUCGAUUACCCUUUUUCUUUGAAGCACCUUUCCGGCAGGGUAUACGAAUCGGCUUUCAUAGCUGCGAUACGCGUACUGGUUUGGUUGGCCCUCAUUGAAUGGGAAGUUGGCUACUCGUUGAGGUCGCGACCGAUGGCAUUGUCCUUUCGUUUUGUUUUUCUUUCUACACCGAAUGACCUCGAGUUCUGGGGCAGCCCUUCCUGGUUGCUCCGUUACCUUGGGGCAUCGGCCGUGGCACGGUCUCCCUGGAAGCUGUCUUUAUCACUUCCUCCUCCGCGCUCGACAAUCUCAGGCGGCGUCCUCAUUAUAGCGCCACUGAUUCUUGCGCCCCAUCGACAGUCAGCUGUGGGUUUCCGUGCGACGUUCGAGUGUUUUGUGAGAUCCUUUUUUUUUUCUUCUGACGUAGUUGGUUCCGGAAGUGCUGCGAUUUAACCGGACUCUUGCUUGGUUGGUACAUCGCGUGAGCUACUGGCUCUGAAUGCUUGCUUUUCCAAGUUUCCCGAUUCAUGUAGCAAACUUCGCUAACUGGAAAAUAAUCAAUGCGAUAUGUGGUUAAAUGUACAAGAUGCUGUAGUAUAGGACCUGCGUCGGAAACCAAUAUGCAGGGUGGAGAGCAGCUUAUUUGCGCUGUUGUAUACUAUACGUACGGGCCGACUUCUACCAAGCUCCUGUAUUAAUAUUAUGCAGAACAUUUUUUUUCCCAGCAAAUUAUGUCGAUUGUGCAUCUUCAGAUUACGUAACGAAGGCGUACUUCAGGAUCCGCACAAUUUUCCAGAGUUACCGCUGCAGUCACAGUUCAUUUCAAGCAUUUGAGUUUGUAGUUUCGGCUAAAACAGUGCAAAUGAUUAGGUGAAAAAUUAAAAAGGCGAGGUCAUUUCAUGUCACCCUCUCGGGUUAACGUCACCUCGCUGAAACGCUUCGAUUUCUGCGUACAGGCCUCCCUUCCAAGCGUAAUCUGUGCCCUUAACACUGAUUUGUGAGUAUGUGUGUCCAACAUAAAAUUCUCCUUUCUUUAUGGUAGGCUUGGCAUUCCAGUGCUAUACUAGCAGGCGUAAGAAAUUCCAUUACAAGGGAACUUGAAAAGGAGUAAAUUAAGGCAUUGCGCUGUUUCUGCUCUGCUUGAACGUUAUAUCACAUCUACUGUUUCCUUACAACUCUCCUAGGAGCUGGUGCUACACCUCUUGCUGAUGUUUCUGUCGUGAAAAACAAACAAACAGCACAAUGAAAGUCGAGGCGUGCGGAAGUCAAUGGGUGGCUUGAGGCAGUGAAUGGAAUCGAUACUCCAUUAGGCGCUUUUUUUUUUUUUGUCACGCGCCAGCGAGCGCAUCAGGCACGAAGAAUAGAACAUUGAUUUCCGAUUGCGUGAUGACCGCUCUCGGCCAGCAGCGGGGCGUUUGCAGUUGCUUACGUAAUUUCAUAUUUUAUGGCUGACUCCUUUGCGCUGUCGGUCGAUAGAUUAAUGAUUCCUGAUCAUCCGACGAAAAGUUUAGACGCUUCUAACUUACGUCGGAGAUUCGGGUACUCAAUGCUGAGGGCCGACACGCAUUUGUUCGACUCUGCCUUUCGUUGAGCUUUGGCAUUGGAUUCUCGCGAUGCUCCCGCCAUAUACUCUAAAAAUUGGCGGGGAAAGAAGGAAAUUACUAUCGUACUAACUCGAAUAAAAUGCGAGCAGCGAUAUCAGAGCCUGUCAGAAGAAGAUGCUUGUACGAUACCUGAUAUAACGCCAAAUAAAGCUUUAUAAUCUAAAACAAACUGGCAUCCAGAAGCGAUGCGAAAACAAAUUUCAACGUUUCAAUAUCUAAAAAAAAAGAGUGAGAAAGAAGAUGCGCUUGAUAUUGGUUUGUUGUAAGCCAUUGAUUCGAUAGACAGAGGAAGAAAAAGAAAAUUAUUGAUCUUUGGGUUUCUCGUGUAAGAGUUCCGCGCCUCGUUCGCCAAUCUUCGAUGAGAGAGCACUUUAUGUCAGACUUUGUAAA